AUGGGCUCCAAGAUUUUCGCUGCAUUAGUAUGUUGCUUAGCGCUGGUGAUGGUCAGUGCCUUACCACACGGCCAUCAUGGACAUGAUCAUGGAGGUCACAGUGCUUCCAGUCACGCUUCGGUGCAUUUAGUCUCACACGACGAUCAUCACGAUGAUCACGGUCAUCACGGUCACCACGAUCAUCAUGGACACGGACAUGGACACGACGAUGGUCAUGACUCACAUGCUGAGUAUCACUUCAAUUAUGGCGUUAAGGAUACGAAAACGGGUGAUAUCAAAGAGCAGAGUGAACACCGUGAUGGUGAUAAGGURUCCGGACAUUAUGAACUGAUUGAAGCGGACGGCCACAAGAGAACUGUGCACUAUACGGCUGACAARCAUAGUGGUUUCCAUGCGGUGGUGCACCGUGAACCCACACACCAUCAUGUAGCUGAUCAUGGACACACCAGUUAUCAUGGUGGUCACGCCGAAGUUGAAACGCACGAUGAUGGUGGGGAUGGUGGUCAUGGCCAYGGUCAUGAUUCUGGACRUGGYUAUGGACACGGUCAUGAUCACGGUCAUGAUCAUGGUCAYGGUCAUUCCAGCGRUUUCUCAAUCAAACAAGAACAUGGUGUUGCGGUUCAUCAUCAUGGUGGACACGAUUUCGGAGGACAUGGUCAUGGACAUGGACACUAA